UUCUCCUGUCUCAUCGCUAGGUAGCUAUCAGAUGUCCUCCCAGCAUUGUGUAAAUGUCAACAUUUGCAUAUGGAUGACUUUCGGGUUCCUGAAUGUGCUGUCAGAUGCUGAAUUACUGAACUAGAUGAAUCUUCUGCAUUUAUUUCUGAUCUUCAGAGAGGCCUAAAAGAAAGCAGAGGACUGGCAUUUGUUACAGCAUUUUAAGGUUGCAUGUCUGGUUGGACUUGAUGCAUGACAUUUGCAUGACAGCUAACAACCUAGCUCUGGAUGUGUCACUGAGCAAACAUGGCCUACCCAGCAAAUACUAACGGCAGUGCUGCAGAAAAAGAGGAAGUUAUUAUAAAUGGAAAAGAUGAAAAUGAACGGAAAUACCCCUAUUUUGUGGAAACACCUUACGGCUACCAGCUAGACUUGGAUUUUCUGAAGUACGUGGACGAUAUACAGAAGGGGAAUACCAUUAAGAAAUUAAACAUCCAAAAGAAGAGGAAAGCAGUACCAGCCUCCACAAGUACCAAGAACUCUGGUGGCCAUUGUGGCGACUGGACUUCCACAGAGUCUCUGUCUUCUUCGAACAGUGAUGAGAACAAGCAGUCUUUCUUGGCAACAAGGAGUCAAGUAACCUCAUCUGUGGCUGUGAGACCAUUGGCUUCCCUUGAGGCAUCUCCCUCCUAUUUAACCGUCCCCGAGAGUAAGCAACUCCCUCCUCCUUCCCCACAGCUUCCUCGGCACAACCUCCAUGUGACAAAAACCCUCAUGGAAACACGCAGACGACUUGAACAGGAGAGAAUGAUGCAGGUAAUGCCGGGAGAUGUCCGUAGGCCCCGACUUUCCAGCUUUGGGGGCAUGGGCUCAACAAGCUCCCUGCCUUCUUUCGUCGGGUCCAGUGGGUACGGUCACUUGCCUCAGCAGCUCCACAAUGGCUACCAGGGGAAUGGAGACUUUGGAGCCUGCUUUGGCUCCUCCUUGGGCAGUUCCAUCCGGCACAGCCCAAUGAGUUCAGGAAUUUCCACACCAGUCACCAAUGUGAGCCCGGUGCAUCUGCAGCAGAUCAGGGAACAAAUGGCAAUUGCCCUCAAGCGCCUCAAGGAGCUUGAGGAGCAAGUAAAGACCAUUCCUGUGCUGCAGGUCAAAAUCUCAGUGUUACAGGAGGAAAAGAGGCACAUGAUGGCAGAACUCAAAAGCCAAAGGAAAUCCAGUCAAAAUGACAUGUAUGGCUUCAGAAAAAGAUCGUACAGUGCAGGAAAUGUGGAGCAGUGGGAGCACCUGUCUCAAGUACGAAGAGGAGGAGAACUUUAUAUCGACUGCGAGGAUGAGAUGGAGAGUGCGGAGCAGAGCUCUCGGAGGGUAGAGGAGUUCAGGCAGUUGACUGCUGAAAUGCAGGCUCUGGAGAAAAAAAUCCAGGACAGCAACUAUGAGGUUCCAUCGAACCUUAAAGAAAGCCUGACAAAAGAAAGCCGAUCUGUUGCUGUUGGUGCUGAUGAAAACAUGAAUGAUGUGGUUAUCUACAACAGAUCUUCAAGGCAACACAGAGAAGUAGCUGUGGGGACAGAGAAAGAAAUGAGAGAGUCUGGGGUUGGGGUGACGGAGGCCAUGCUUGGCUUGUCAACAGAAGUUGAGAAAGAAAUAGAGCUUCAGCAGCAGACCAUUGAAGCCCUUAAGGAAAAGAUUUACAGGCUGGAGGUGCAGUUAAAGGAGACAACAUACGACAGGGAGAUGACCAAAUUAAAACAGGAGCUGCAGGCGGCUGGAUCUAGAAAAAAAGUAGAUAAAGCCGUGAUGGCUCAGCCUUUUGUCAUCAGCAGAAUGGUGGAGGCUGUGGUACAAAUGAGAGACCAAAUGGUGGGUGACCAUGUGCAUGUUGCUGAUUCAUCUGUAGGCAGCCAUUUGGAAAUGAGCAGCGUGGGCACCUCCUGCAGGCCAGCGGUACGGAGCAUAGCGGUGGGCCCUGAGCUGCUCAUGAGCCGCUGGCUGGUGAGGGAGAGGGCAGAGAUGCGAGAUCAGUGCACGGGGAGGUGCGUAGAGCUGCUCGACAAGAAGGUGGGUGUGGAGACCAGCGUCUGCGAGACGGGUGUCAACACAGAGGAGUCUGUGGGUGACCUGAGUCUCUGUAGGACAGUGCGGGAGAUCCGGGAGACGAGGUCGAUCGGCUGCGGGGACUGCUCAGUGGAUGUGGUUGUUUGUGCCCCGAAGGAGUGCGUCUCCCGCCAGACGGCCACAGAGACUGUGUGCAGGGCAGAAGCCACAGUCAUGGCUGUGCCUUCCACAGCCACCCAGCAGACCAGCACGGCUAUGGAGAUGGUGAGCCGGUGCACCAGUACGGAGACACCGGUGACGGUGGAUUGUGGCACCAACACUGUUCCAAGCAGCCGUGACCAGCAAACCAGCACAGUGAGUGUGGAGAUGCGGACCGUGGCAGUUGGGGACGGCCGGGUGAAGGACAUACAUGCAUCUGCUAAAAUGCGUUCAGUUGGAGUAGGGACCUUGCUUUCCAGUCACCCUGGCUUUGAAAAACUCUCUGUGACAAAAACCAAAGACUGUGGUGUUGGGCAGAUAAACAUUAAUGAGAACUAUCUAGUUGGUCUUAAAAUGAGAAGCAUUGCCUGCGGUCCCCCUCCCCUGGUGGUUGUACCGACCAGUACCAGGAGCAUUGGUGUUGGGGGUGAGCCAGUGUGCGAGUCCGUGAGCGGCAUCCUGGAAAGCCCACUGCCUCCAGCUGAGCUGAGGACGGGCUUGGAUCACUAUAUCGAGCGUGUGCAGAAGCUGCUACAGGAGCAGCAGAUGCUGCUUGCCGAAAAUUACAGCGAAUUGGCAGAAGCCUUUGGUGAGCCACACUCCCAAAUUGGAUCGCUCAAUUCACAGCUGAUCAGUACCCUCACAUCCAUCAAUUCCGUCAUGAAAUAUGCCAGCACGGAGGAACUGCGGAGCCUGGACCUUCAGAAACAGUGCAUGGAGAAAAGUACUGCAUCAGCAGGUGCUACCGUGGAAUACAUCCCUCAUGGCCAACUUGCAGACACCCACUUAACUUCAAAUUUGCAAGCACUGAAAUUGGAGCAGGAUGUAGUGCCUGCUCAGGGGGAGAAGACUCCUCUGGUGGAAGCUGUUCGGGGAAGGAAGUCCUUUUCUUCUCAGGACAAAACUCUAGCUGCAAUUAACCUGACAGAUGACCAACUUGCCUCUGGCCUUUAUGUAUGUAGUAACAGUGAAAACACACUCAAGUCUAUCAUGAAGAAAAGGGAUGGAAAAAAGGAUUUGAGCAACACCAAGAAGAACCUGCAGUUUGUUGGCAUUAACGGCGGGUAUGAAACUACAUCCAGUGAUGACUCCAGCUCUGAGGAGAGCUCCUCCUCGGACUCAGAGGAAGAGUGUGAUGGCCACGUGUACCCCCAUGGCUGUGGUAGGGAUGGGGAGCACCCUGUGCUUGGCCCCCCAGAGACAGGUGCUGCAGGGACUGCAAAGGACGGGCCUCCCCUGGAGUGCGAGGCUGAGGAGGUGGAGAUCAGGGAGAGGUACGAACUAAGUGAGAAGAUGCUUUCUGCUUGUCACCUGCUGAAAAACAACAUUGAUGACCCCAAGGCAUUGACCAACAAAGAUGUGAGGUUUUGUUUAAAUACCAUCCAGCACGAGUGGUUUCGUGUCUCAAGUCAGAAGUCAGCUGUUCCUGAAAUGGUUGGAGACUACAUAACUGCUUUUGAAGAGAUUUCUCCUGCUGUCCUCAGACAUAUCAUCAAUGUGGCGGAUGGAAAUGGGAACACAGCUCUGCAUUACAGCGUCUCGCAUUCUAACUUUGAAAUUGUAAAGCUUCUUUUGGAUGCAAAUGUCUGUAACGUAAACCAUCAGAACAAGGCCGGCUAUACCCCCAUCAUGCUCGCCGCUCUCGCAGCUGUGGAAGCUGAGAAGGACAUGAGGAUAGUGGAGGAACUGUUCAGCUGUGGGGAUGUGAAUGCAAAAGCCAGUCAGGCUGGUCAGACUGCCCUGAUGCUUGCUGUGAGUCAUGGGCGAAUAGAUAUGGUUAAAGCUUUGCUGGCCUGUGGUGCAGAUGUCAAUAUCCAGGAUGAUGAGGGUUCUACAGCUCUGAUGUGUGCUAGCGAACACGGACAUGUUGAAAUAGUCAAACUUUUGCUGGCUCAGCCUGGGUGUAAUGGCACCCUGGAGGACAAUGAUGGCAGCACAGCACUUUCAAUAGCCCUGGAAGCUGGACAUAAAGAUAUAGCAGUUCUCCUUUAUGCACACGUCAACUUUUCCAAAACCCAGUCACCGGGCACUCCUAGACUUAGCAGAAAGACAUCUCCCGGUCCUACCCACAGAGCUACAUUUGAGUAGUGCUGCAUGAAUACUUAAAAAAAUUGUAAUGCCAUCUUCAAGCUGCUAAAUUUUACUGUUUUACUGGGACAGAUACUGAAUGUAAUUGUCUUGUGCCUGAACUCACCAGCAAAGUGAAAGCAGAGACCUAGUGCUAAGGAUAAAAAACCCUUAAACUUGAAGCAAGCGUAUAGUUAGGUAGUACUCAGCUGAGAGCCUUAGCCAGAACUAUUCUUUUUGCUCACUUACUCAUCUUUCCAUACACUGGCAUUAAUGCUGUUUUUCUUUUAGAUUGUCUUUCCCUAUGUUAUGUGCUGCCUAAGAGGUCUAAAGCUAUCCUUGCAGGGGGUCCCGGUGGCUUGUUUUAAAUCGUUCUAAAACAUUUAUGUUUACUGUGCCUAAACGUUAUCACAGUAACCUUCUCAUAAAUUUCAUUCCAACACAGUUUUGAUGUUUUUAAUUAUUCUGAAAUUGAGACGUUGCAGUUGCUUAUAUAGUGAGCUCCAUGAAACUUGAGCUGGUGGGUGACUGGAUUAGAUGCUGGGGAUAGAUCCUCUCGUGAGUUCAGAAGUUCACUAAGUAACUUGUUGCUAAUUGGGGAUAAUAUAUAACUUUUAUAUGAAAGAUAAUAAUGUCUAUAAAAUUAACUCGCACAGUAUUUUCAACAUUUUAUAUUCCUUAGUAAUUAAAAACUACAUGAAGAAUUACAUGUCACGAUACCAUAUUUUUAUUAACUGUGUCAGUGUAUAAGCUCCAUUCAUGUUUAUUGGAGAGUAAAAUUAGAGGUACCAGCUGUAUAUUCCCCAUGAGUGGAAAUGAGUGUAGUUCUCGGUGCAUAUUUAUGGAAUGCUACUACCUUGUCACAUUCACUUUAGUCAUGUGUAUUUAAAUGUUUGAAGUGCCUUAGACUCUUGCCAUAUUUUCAAAAUAAAAUUUCAUUAUGCUGUUUUAUUUCUCUCCUGUUUUACAUAUGAUUUGUCAUCAUCCAGAAAUGCUGCAGAUUAUACAUGCAGUAGCAAAACAGGAUGGAUUGGUAAAUCAAGGCAGGGAGGACUGGAUAGUUUCAACCCUUGGGGGUUGCUGAUGCAGACACCAUCAGUGCCCAUGUUGGCAGAGUGAAAAGCUUUGCCUAAUACACCUGCCUUCACUAGUCUUGUGCCUGCUGUGAAGGCUGGAUGGACAGCCUCUUUAAUGUCCAGGUGAAGCAUUGUGGGGAGGCAAUAAAGAACAGUGCUCAGGUGGUUUAACAUAGUUCUUGUAAAGCAGUUACCAACUGAAUAAAACCUUUGGGUUUUUAUCUUCCAAGAGUUUAUGUCUCAACAUAAUAGUCCCAAAGAAGCUCCCCCAUUUCAACAUCAGUCAGUUUGUGCUAUUGCACCUUCUGUAUGUUGUACUUCUCAUUCCACUUAGCAUCCAAUUCUGUGUGGAUUCUUAGCUAUCUUACCUAUCUGCUAGUUAUAGAGGUAUGACACCAGUUGGCCAAAUUGUUGUGAAAUCAAGAUGUUCUCUCUGACACCAGACUGACAGCAAGCAGCAGCAGCAGUUAAAUAAGUAAGUAAAUAAAUAAAACAGUAAAAAAUGCUCCAUGCUUUGCCAGCUGCACUCAAUUGGAGAUGGUUGGUGCCUGAUGUCAUGUGUGCCCGAGCUGGGCUGUGCCCCACAUGUGCACCUGCCACUGGUGGCACAAAGCAGCACCCACUGUCACCAUGGCUGGGGCCUCAGACCAGCUGCCUCACAUCCUUAAUGCAGUAAUGUCUCUGCCUGAGCAUCGGACACAUGGAGUGCAUGACACCAGCAUGGGCUUCCUUACAAAUUUCACACUCAUGUUGGCACUGGGAGAGCUUCUGGUUCAACAGAAUUAGUGGAAGUUUGAUCCCUUCCACAACCCUCUCUUGUUAGAGCAUGAUAAAGCGAGUGCUUUAUCCCCUUGGAUAUGUCCAUUUGUCCCCUUGGACAUUGCCAUUUCCCCUCCCAAAUACACCAGGCAUUGGUGGUGGUGAGGUGAAGGAGAAUGAUCAGUGAGGGCAGGUGCUGCUGUCUCAGACCAGGUUGGGUCAAUGAGGCACAAGCUGUUGGUUUUAGAACUGUUGCUGUGCCACUUCUUGCCACUAUUUGGACAACAGGCUGGAGAGCACACUGGAGUCAAGAUAGUUUGAUUUGUCCUUAGGAUUUUAAGAUGAAUGCUAUGAUGCUGUUAAACAGAUCAACCUGAUGAAAUGGAAAAAAAGGAUGACUGCUUCAAUCUGUCUCCAGAACAUGUUCUACUUAAUGUAUUUCUGAUUUCACAGAAAAUCCAGGCUAUUUAUUUAUGUUUGCCUGAAUCUAAUGGAUUAAAUUCCAUCCAGUGGAGAGACAUUGUGUCAACAAGACAGAAUCUGGACCAGGGACAGGUUCCUACUUUCUGUUUUACCAAGAGUAUAACUUUUAUUUAGUGCUGACCAGAAGCCAUUUAGUUGUGCUUCCUUAAGGAAAUUGGUAAUCAUACCCUUAAUUCUGGCUUUUAGCUCAUGACAGCAGCUUUAAAGCCUGUUGAUCACUCCAAAAUCUGACUUUCUCAAAGUGUUUGUUGAGGCAUCUGACAUCCUCUUGGGUACUGUCCGCUUUGCUGUUGCAGAUACCUUUCACAGCAGCGUGUCCACCAGGUUUUUGUCACCAAAACAGUUUUUCAAACAUUAUUUUUUGUGCUGCACUGCUACACUGCUACCAUGGAUCAUACAUGCCUUUUCCUAUGUAAUGUAGCUUGAGGUCGAAGAAAGAUUUGAAGCAUGUGUGAAUUUAGGUUUCAGAGUAGAGGACUCUAACUGCUAAAAUCUGAACCGGUGUAUGUUCCCAUCUCUCCCACCACAAUUUAGUAGGAGUCUUGGGCAAGCAGCUAUCCUAGAAGGGUUUAAAAUAAUUGGUUCAGUGAUUUUGGUGUCAAAUGAGAGAGACAGACACACCAAACCUACCUUUAUCAUCUUUUUUUUUCCCUGAAGGAGUGCAGAAAGUGAACAUGCCACUCUCCUCUUUUUUUUUUUUUUUUAGGGAAAUGUAGAGAACUGGAAUGUCAGAAACAAGUGUGUUAGGGGAUAUAGUUGUUCAACAUGAUUGUAUUGCUUUCUGAUGGCACUGGCUGGCAGAAGUGUCAGGAGCAAUCUGACUCUUCCAACUGCAUGCAAUAGGAGGACUACACAAAUCAGGCUUAUUGGGUUAAUUUAGCUAUUCCCCCUUCAUAAGCAAUAGGAUUGGCCUUCAUUGGCCAACUAGAGUUUAAAAACCUUUAAGGGAAGCUCUGGAUUUUGCUUUUCCAUGCAAAGUCCAGUUUCUUCCCAAAGGCUCACUGUCCUGGACUAAGAUGUAAAGCAGACUGCUCCCAGUUUUAUUUGUAUGUUGAAGUGGACCAUUGUGCCAUGUCACCUCAGGAAGAAUGUGAAAAAUAACCGUAGCUUUGGAUGUUUUUAUGGAUUCAGGUGAAAAGGACAGAGUAAGGAGAGUGCACAAACCUCAAGGAGAAUCAGGUAGGGGUUAGGAAAGAGUUCUUCACCAGAGGAUGGUGGGCACGGAACAGGCUGCCCAGGGCAGUGUGCACAGCCCCAAGUGAUGGAGUUCAUGGAGUGUCUGAACACCACUCAGGGUCUGAAAUUUGGACUGUCCUGUGUGGAGAAAGGAUUUGGACUUGAUGAUGCUUGUGGGUGCCUUCCAACUCAGGAUAUUCAGUGAGUCAGUGCAUGUUAUUUCUGGUCAGUGCAUGUUAUCUCAGGUCUCUGUUAUCUCAUUUGGGGAGAUGUAGUAUGUUCAGAAGCAUAAGCAGUUAAAAAGAAGAAAAAAAUACUAUUAAAAAAAAACCCAAACAUUAUAUAAUAAUUACUUCUUCUAUCAUUUGUUCUCUUUGAUGGCCCUCUUGUCCCCAGGAGGUUGACACCUGAAGUACCUGACGCUGUGAAUGUCAGUGUUUUCCCCAGUAAAUAGUGGGGAGGUUCCCAAAAACAUUUGUAUCCUCCUGUGCCCUGUGCCAGCCGAGUUGAAUUCCACCUUCUAGUGCUGGAUAGCGUUUAUCACAGGUGCUGGGAUUAGGGGGUUUACCAUGCAUACCAGCUUUGAAUUGAACUCCCCCCACACACACUCCCAGGCAUUUGUUUUCCAGUUGAGAUGAGAUGAUGAUUGACUCUCGGUAUAUCAAAGCGUGAUAUUGUCUUCACCUUUGAACUCCAAGCCUCAGUGAAUACAUAAAAUCCCUGACACUUUUUCAAGGCUGUAAAGGACUUUACUGUCCUAUUCCAGUUAGACUGUUACACAUGAAGUGAAGCUCAGUGCUGCAUACAAUCGCCCUAAGAAAUAAGAAGUGAGAUUUUUUGGUUAUUUGUACCAAUCUUUACGUGAUGGCAAUUGAUCUAAAUGCAUUUUUGCAAGGCACGCUUUCAGAGUUAUUCUAGAAAUAGACUUCUGUCUGCUUCUCCUGGUAUCUCAUGCUUUUGGCUGAGAAGCUGGGCUGCUCUGAGGCCAGUUCAGCCUGGUGUGAGUAAUACAAGCCUUGGCAUCAGUCCCUAACAUAGGCCUGGCUCAGUUUGCUAGGAUGGAAGCAACCCAAAGGCUACAGACAUCUUUGUGCCUUUGAACAGCAGCAGCAGAACUGGCUGUGAGCAGCUCUCUGCUGGGCUCUGUCUGCGUGCAGGCUUUAUCCUUUCCUCCGUUCCAGACCCACUGAUGGAAAGAUUAACCACAAACCCUUCCCAACGAAAAGGAGAAGUGUCCAAACUGGGUCUGCAUCCCUGGGAUGCAGGUGAAGUGUGGGCACUUGGUCUGUCCCUGAGCAGGGAGCAGAGGCAGGAGACCAGGCAGGAGUGCCAGAGAACAUGCAAGGAGAAUUUGGGGCUAAGCAUUUGGGGAGGUGACAAUAAUGAGAUUAGAGGAAAGGGACUCUGAGAUUUGGAUUUCUUUCAUACUCCAGUUGGGAAUUGCAGAACUGUUUGACCUCCUGAAGGUCUGGUGUAAUGCAGAGUGAAGUUAAUGAAAAGGUCCCUACUGACUCCUGCUGAGUUUGGCAGCUGUGAUUCUGCACGUCUGUUCUGAACCCCAGUGCCUGGUCAGAGUUCAGCUACCAAUUGCUGUCCAUUUCUGCCAGUUGCUCCACAGUUCACUUGGAUAACAUCACUCAGCAGAUCAGUACUUUUCUGCUUCUCUGUAAGUACUUGUGGGCAGGCAUGUGCUCUUACUGGCUGCAGAACAGUGACUGUUUGGGAACCUCUGUAAAAGGUAUUUUGCAGAAAACACUACAACUACUUUUUUGCAGAGAUGUCUGUAGCAACUUCUUAGAAGUGUGUGUGGAGCAACACAUCUGUUUCGUGCCAGGUUUUUAGGCAGUGGAGCAAUACACCAGAUUCAGUGAUGGUGGAAACAGUUCUGCCUUGCAAGCAAUGUAUGCAUAUAUCGAUCAGUGCAUUGGAUAGUUCUUUGUUAGGAGUGAUUAAUGAAUUCAGUGCCUCAAGAGCUCUGUUGGAAGUGUUCCGCCAUGAUAUGCAUCUCCAUCUUCCACAUUAGAAGAAAAAGAUAAGCCUGUUUCCGCACACACCCAUUCCAUGCAGGUCCCUGGCAGACUCUCAUGAAUAAGAUGUUCAUCAGGAAGAAUGGGAGCUUCCAGACAGCACCUGUUGGCACCUUUGCGGGGUCAGUGUGGCACAGGGAAGCAUUAUCAUCCUGUGCCAUUUUAUCCACCCGCUCCUUCACCCUUUGCUGCAGCCCAGAUGAGUGAUAUACCUUCCCUUGGCCAAUUCUCCCUGGACACCAUUUUCGUGCAUGUUUUGUUUGGUUAACCAACACAGCCAGCACCAGCAAAGACAAACUGCCUUUUAAAUAAUUCUUGCUAUAUAAAACUGCCCUUCAGAGACCUCUGCAGUAGAGAUCUGUAAAUAAAAGCACUAUUAUACUCUUAAGCAGAGUAUUAUUAAACACCUUCAGACAUGAAGAGCAGAAGUCAAUCGCCAUGUCUUUCAGACACAUCUACAAGCCACCUGUUGUGUGUGGUGAACAAGCUGUGAUGUAUCUGUGUUGCUGUUGGGCAUUUCUGGGCCCAGGGAGCCACGUUUUUUUGGUCCCAAGGUGUGUUGGACUUGCAGAACAGCCACUCACAGCCCUGUGGCAUUGCAAAGGGCAUUGCAAAGGUUAGCAGGCACUUGAUGGACCAGAAAAUGGCUUCCUCACACAGCACAGUCAUUCCUGCAAGUUUGUCUUGAGAAUUUUCCAGUUUGACUAUACGUAUUGCUCGUGGUGGCUUAACCUGCAGGAGGUUUAGCAGCAGGAGGAGCAAGAAACCCGUUCAUGUCUCCUGUGGUGGAUGCAGAUUUGGGAGGGGUGUAAGCAGAGCAGCUGCAUGAAGAGGUUGAGAGUGAUUAGAAACACAGACUGAUAAAAGACAUGAGAUUUGGAAAUGAGAAUUAGGAAAAUCAGACUGAAACAACUGAGGGAAAAUAAUGCAAGUUUGUGGGAGUGGCAGAAGACUGGAAACCUGUAAUGUGGGGAGAAACCUUGUCUGAAAGUGAGCUAAGGAAGAGCUGGUAGUGAUGAGAGUAGAAAUGGCCCAUGCGUGUUUCUGCACCUGGCCAUCAGCAAGAUAUUCAAAAGGAGACUGAUGUUUUGCUGAGCGGGGCUUCCUAUCUAUUAGGGAUGCAACACACCACCAGAAUGUGUCUGCUGAAAUAAUGUGCAGUACAGGUAACUUCCACAGGAGCAGUAAGGCAAGAGAUACAACCAAAGGUGAGGAAGUUCUUCAGGUUAGCUCUGUAAAAAGGAGGGCUUAUCUAUUGAGAUGGGUGAAUUUGUAAAGGAGUAUUAGCUUGCUGCCAUCUCUAGCUGUUGUAAGAUGAUUGCACAUUCUGGCCUUCACAUGACAACUUGUCUUUUGUCAGAAGUGGGUCAAGAACUGCAGACCGAGCAGACACAUGUAUGCAUGAGAGGUAUGUCUGCAUACCUCUAAACACGUCCAGCCAGGAGGAGCACUGCUCUGAGGGAAGGACCUCUGCAGAUGGCAGCAGGCUGGGAUCCUGGGAGCAGCCACCUCUAGCCACACUCACCGGACUGUAGGUGUGUACUUCUUAGUGUUGUGUUAUGCUCUUGUUUAUUUUACUUCUGCCCAGGCAUAUUCUCCCAAGAUCUGGGAUCGAGAGCUGUGGCUUGUGUCCCAGCACUGCUUUUGGAAGCAGUGAAGAGAGCUGCAAAACAUCUGCUAGCAGAAAUGUAAGCUCCACAGAAAGAAAGGCAUGCAUAACACUGUGUUAAGCUGCAAAGCCCCUGCAGCUCUCCCAGCUCAGCAUGGACAAGCUUGAUGUUACCUGCAUGGAAAUCUAAGGGUGGUGUUUUAUGGCUUUUGAUGCACUGGCCCGCACAAGAUUUGGAAAUUUAUCUACAAGACAAGUCCUAGGAACUGAAGCUUCCCUCACAUUACAUGAUGACUUCCUUGAUGAACAAAAUCACUUGCCAUGCAAGCUGGUAAAACAGACUUAUUUCUGGUGCCUGAAGUGUGACACAUGCACAAACUUGUCCCCCACCAUUACAAAGGACCUGUGCAAGGACUCUGAUAUGGACCUGUAUCACAUCUUUAUCUCCAAUUUGAAGAGAGACAGAUUUGAAGGAUGGACUAUUCAGUGGUUAAAGAAUUGGUUGGAUGGUCACAGCUCGAGUGUUAUUGUUAGUGGCUCUAUGUCCAGGUGGAGAUGGUCACAUGUAAUUUCUCUCAGGGGUCAUUACAGGGACUGAUUCUCUUCAACAUCUUUAUCAAGGACAUAGACAGUGGGAUUGAGUGUACCCUGAGCAAGUUUGCUGAUGACACCAC